AUGCGGGGAAACAAAGACGCCAGAGCGCAAAGCCAGGACAUCCGACACGGCUCGGAGUUGGAACGCACGGUGGCAGUGGGAUCAGCAACCCCCCUGAAGUUUGCACAGUCCGACCUGCGCUACGUGUACGAGGGUGCUGAGGACUUUGCCGUACUGCCCACCCAUGCAGGAAGCGGCUUGGUGGUGGUGUUGCGGACGGUGACGACCGAUCUGGACAGCGGCCGGGAUGUGGCCCUAAGCGAGUUUACCACCUUCAUCCCGGGGAAAGGUGACAUACAAACCCCCUGGGCCCCCGCACCGCGACCUCCCGCCGCCGUCGCCGCCAACAACCCGCCCAACCGCCCCCCUGACGCCGCCGCCACCUUCCCCACUUCCCCCAACCAAGCGGCCCUCUACCGGCUGAGUGGAGACUUCAAUCCGCUGCACAUUGACCCGCGGGUCCGCUUCUCCAAACACGUAUUCCCCGGGGAGACGCUGCGUGUGGAGAUGUGGGCCACAGACAGGGAGCCACAGUCACCAUCAUCAGCGCCAGCAGUAGCAGUAGCAGCAAUACCGUCCCCAGCAGCAACACCCUGCCCGGGCGCACGGCCGCGACAGCAUUCCCAGCAACAGCAACACCAGCAGCAACAGCAACAGCAAGGGCAUGGCGGCGAGGGAGCCGCCACCGUUGCCGCCACACCAUCAUCAUCAUCACCACCGCCACCACCACCACCGCCACCACUAGCAGCAGCAGCCGGCGGCAUUCUGAAGGUCAUUUUCCGCACUUGGGUUGUGGAACGAGAUGUGGUGGUCAUCUCCAAUGCCGCGGUGGAGCUGCAGCUGCAGCCGCUGCCGACAGAGCCGAUUUCGGCUCUACUACCUACUCCGGCAACGACGAUGACAGUGCAACACACACACGAGCACAUAAUGGCGCUGGCACCUGCCGCAACUCCGCAGCCUUCGCGGCUUUGA